CUGGGAGAUUGGACUUACAUGCUUCAUAAUGCCUAUCCAAAGGCUCAAACCUUAUCAAUCAUAGUAACCAGCCAACCAGCAUCAGCAACUGUGCCUCCAUUGAAUGUGAAGCCCUAUUCAAGUACAGACAACAGUGUUUUCCCCAGUCCAGUGAUUAUUUAUGCAGAACUCAGUCAAGGAUUUUUGCCUUUUGUUGGUGCAAAUGUCAUAGCUAAAAUCAGAUCAAGCUCUGGAACGGAAGAGAUAGAACUUUGGGACAAUGGCUCUGGUGCAGACGUUAUCAAGCAUGAUGGAAUCUACUCCAGGUAUUUCACUUCAUUCAAAGAGAAUGGUAAAUACAGUAUAAAAGUGUGUGCCCACAGGAAAGAUAAGAUUGCCCGACAAGUCCUGAGAGAGAAUCUAGCUUUAUAUUUACCGGGUUAUAUAGAAAAUGGCACUAUACACAUGAAUCCACCAAAACCAACAGUUGAUAAGACCAAACUGACAGGAGGCAUGUUCAACUUUAAUAGAACUGUAGUAGCAAGUUCAGUUGCAGUGACAGGAGUGCCUCCUGGAGGCUAUCAAGAUAUCUACCCUCCGUGUAGAAUCGCUGACCUUGAGGUUCUGUUCAAUCUUAAUGAUGAAUUCUCUUUGUCAUGGACGGCUCCUGGGGAUGAUUAUGACAAUGGAACAGCUGAAAGUUAUGAAAUGAAGAUGAGUGAAAAUCCUUUGGAUUUACAAGAUGCUAAUUUUCAUAGUGCCCUUUCUGUGAACUUAUCUGAUCUGAAACCUGAAGUUGCUGGGGUCAAACAGAACUUUCAGUAUAAGACAAAAAAUUUCACCAAAGAAAAUGGCACUGAAGUCUUUUUUGCCAUUCGGGCCAUUGAUGACAGCAAAAAUGUUGGGCAAGUAUCUAAUAUAGCAAAAGCAGUUGUGCUUGUUCCUUCUUUGUCAAAAGCCUCAAUUGUAGCGAUAAUAUGUGGUAUUCUGAUGAUUACUUGUAUUUUAAUAAGUAUAGCAUUUUGCAGUUUGCAUAACUUAAGUAGUGGAACCCCUGAAGCUCGAAAUACUCUAGAUCUAUAGUAUAUAAUCUAGAAAAGAAUACAAUCAAUGCUGUUUAAGAACAUGAUCU